GUUUGAACAUAAAUUAUCGGCUACUUGGAAGGUGAAAUAUUAUUAUUAGGCCAAUGGUUCGCGAUAUAUUUACGAAAUUGCCCUUGUUCCCCGCGUAAAUGAAAUCCCAGUGUCACACUUAUUAGAUCUCAAAUUUCCCCACACACUCUCAUUCAUUCCGUUUCUCCUCAAUGGCGCAUCAUGUCUCGUGUCCGGCGAUAAAGAAUAUUCUUCUUUUGGAUUCCGAGGGAAAGCGUGUGGCAGUCAAAUAUUUUUCAGAUGACUGGCCAACAAACAGUGCAAAGCUUGCUUUUGAGAAGUUUGUGUUCAGUAAGACCGUUAAGACCAAUGCUCGAACAGAAGCUGAGAUAACAUUGCUUGAGAACAAUAUCAUUAUUUACAAAUUUGUACAAGACCUGCAUUUCUUUAUCACCGGCAGUGAUGAUGAGAAUGAGAUCAUUUUAUCAUCAGUUCUUCAGGGUUUCUUUGAUGCAAUCACGCUUCUCUUGAGAAAUAAUGUAGACAAAAGAGAGGCACUUGAAAAUUUGGAUCUCGUUCUCUUAUGUCUUGACGAGAUUGUUGAUGGAGGAAUGAUACUUGAAACAAAUGGACCAUUAAUUGCUGAAAAAGUGACCUCCCAUAACUUGGAUGCAGAGUCCCCCUUGUCUGAGCAGACACUUACUCAAGCAUGGGCUACAGCUAGAGAACAUUUGACAAGAACCCUUUUAAAAUGAUGUUUUCAUACAGAGAUAUGAGUUUUGUUACAUUUUGAGCGAUAUUUGGCGUAAAAAGAAAUUGUCUCCUGAUUUUUUUCUGGGCA